AGAGCAGCUAUUCAUUAGAAGACCAAAGACAUUCAGAAAACAUCACAAAAUGUCAAAGCGACUAGCCCCAGAUUGCAUUACAAUGCUGAUUGCUGCUGUCUACGCGGUAACAUGUUUGGCAGCAGUUAACCCCGCAGAAGAGCUCGUCCUUGAGUUCUACAUGCAUGAUAUCCUAGGAGGAAGUAGCCCCACAGCUCGACCAAUAACUGGCUUACUUGGAAACAUCUACAGUGGUCAGGUACCUUUUGCUAAACCAGUGGGAUUCCUGCCCCCAGAUGGUGGAGUUGCAAUCCCCAAUGCCAACGGUGCUAUUCCUACUGUCAAUGGCAUCACUGGCCUCCCUUUAGGAACUGGCUUAGCUGGUACAGCUUUUGCCGGCAAUCCAAACCAAAAUGUUAACCCUCAGAUCCCUCUAGGACCAGAUGGCUUGGGACUUGGCUUUGGAACAAUCACCGUCAUCGAUGAUAUACUCACUGCCAGCCCCGACUUAGGGUCACAGGCAAUAGGGAAAGCUCAAGGAGUUUAUGUAGCCAGUUCAGCAGAUGGAACAACCCAAAUGAUGGCAUUCACAGCUAUGAUCGAAGGCGGAGAAUACAACGACAACCUCAACUUCUACGGAGUUUACAAGAUCGGAAGCACCAUGUCACAUGUAUCAGUCACUGGUGGAACCGGCAAGUUUAAGAAUGCUUGUGGAAUUGCUGAGAUUCGACCACUUAUACCACCUGGCCAACAUGUAACUGAUGGCGCUGAGACAUUGCUCAGGAUCACCGUCCAUCUCAAAUACUAGAACUUAACUUCCAAAUUAUUUCUGUGCUUGGUUGUGUGAGAAUCAACAUGGUCAUGCAUCUUCAAUGUAACAAUUUUAAAGAUUUCUCCUUAAACUUCAAUUUACAACCGUACGAAAAUUUACGAUCAGAACCACUCGUUAUAAUAGUACAACAUUGAAUAACCAAUUUAAAUCAAACAUUUUGACAACUCUACCAACAAAAAAGAGAAUCUUAACAAAUUCAUACAUAAUAACCCUUCCAUUCACAUACUUUGAUAUGGCGAUGGUAAUUAUGAAAAAUCAUGCAACAUAUUUUAAAUUUAUUACACUGGAUUGAAGCAAUUAAGUUUUAAUUUAUAAAAUAGUAACAUAAAUUUCGCUAAUUAAUAUUAGAAUAAUCUGAAUUUUGCCACUCUAAGCUCUACAAAAGAAAAGGCAUCAAUAGUAGACUGUUACUUUAUAUGGCAGUGAUUUUAACACCAGAAAUUACAGCAGUUUGAUCAAGUCCGUGCAGAGAAUCAAUCAAGUGCGUCCGCAACGAAGCCGGGCCUCUCGCCGUCUCCAUCCCCAGCUCUCCGGCGACGCCAAAAACGGCCAACGCGGAAGCUGUUGCUUCCAUAGCAUGCGACGGAUCAGUCGCGACAAAAGCGGCGAUCAAGGCGGUGACAGCGCAUCCCGUGGCAGUGAUCUUUUGCAUCAUCGGCACGCCGUUUCGAGCUCCGACGAUUCGAUUCCCAUCGGUGACGAAAUCGACUGCCCCCGACACCGCCACCACGGCACCGCUGGAAUUAGCCAAGGAUUUGGCGGCUUCGACGGCGUCUGUUGAAUCGUGAGAACUAUCUACGCCUUUGGUGGAGGGAAAGGAAGCUUUAGCCAAGGCAAUGAUUUCGGAGGCGUUGCCUCUGAUAACGGUAGGCUUAAGGGAGAUAAGAUCCAAACACGCCUUCAACCGAAAACGGGAGGCACCGGCAGCGACAGGGUCGAGGACCCAGGGUUUAUUCAACUUGGAAGCCAACUGGGCGGCGAGUUCCAUAGCCGGUAACCAGUUGUCGGAGAGAGUUCCUACGUUGAUGUAGAGAGCGUUGACUUGAGGGGUGAAAUCUGGGGAUUCGUUGGGAGAAUGGAGCAUGGCAGGAGAGGCACCUGCGGAUAAGAGAGUGUUGGCCGUUAGAUCCAUGGAGACAAAAUUAGUGAUGCACUGGAUUAACGGUGAUAGAGAGCGGACUGAGCUGAGGUAGGUCCACGCCUUUGCACCCCACUCUCUUUCUUCCCCGUCUUCCAUUUCUGUCUUCUGUGAUGGAGAAAUUUAUUGUUUUUCUAUCUAUAAAGGACUCGCUUGAUUCUUUAGUUCA